AUGGCAGGAUCCAUCCCCGAACUCACAUUUCCAAACAGUCCUUUUUUCAAUAUUUAUAAUGACGCGCCAACAACACAAAAUUCGCCAAACCUCCCAAGCGGACCAUGCAACUUUGUUGAUUUAACCCACGGCGCCAAUGGACCUAAAUGCGGAUGCCGUCGCUUCUGGAGUCGCGCCACCAUAUCCAGAUCAGGCGCAGGAAGCCCAACCGGAACUUCCCUAGCAUUUUCCAAUAGGUUCUCCAGUGGAAAUAUCAACGGCCUGGUUGACGAAACAGCUUGGUGUAUGUGUUCGCAUCACGCUUGCUUCCAUGAUGAUAUUCGCGAUACCCAGCCACCUGUCGCAAUUCCGGCCAAUACCGACGUCGUAAACAAUGGACAGGAGAAUGAGCGUCCUAGUAGGGGGCCGCUCACACCCGUAGUGUCGGAUUUGCCAUCAUUCAAGAUGCCGGCGCCGUCGCCAUUGGAUCCAAACAUGGACUUGUAUACGUUUAAUGAUGCUGCAUCUCUCUCCAGCUGUCCACUCGGGAUGGGAAAUGCGCUUCCAAAUGAGAUGGUCGCAACCGCACCAGAACCAUCUAUCCCCGAUACUAUGAGUUGGGCCGAUCUCAUCCAAUCCGGACCAGAUGAAGGAGGUUUGCUUCCUCCCAUACCAAGCCAGUGCCUGAUGUCAUCCCAACCGAGUUCUACCACGUCCUCUGCCCGUAUCGGAUACCUUCGACCGUUUGCCGGGAAAGGAUUACAGACACUUAGUGGUGUCAAAUCUAGGUUAGGCGAGCCUCCAUUGGAACAAGAUGAUGAUGAAACCCAGCCGCAGGAGGAAGAAAUCGUUGCGCAUAGCGUGGACCACUCCGUGGAUGAUGACGAUGAUGGACAGACAGUCGCGAACACGCCGAGGCCUUGUGACCACGCAGAUAUAACCGAAACACAUGACCUAUCACCCUUUGGACCCGAUCGAGGACCGCUAAGGGAGUUGUCCGAUGCUGUUCAAGGGCAUGAACGGCGAUUGGACCGGCUUGAGAACCCCUCCAUCUCAGUUAUCGGCCAUGACGUCUGUGAUGAGAAACAUGAUCAAACUGACCUCAAAAUCACGGAGCUUGAGACGCGCGUCGAAGAGGUUGAGAAGAUGAUUAAUGAUAACAGCAGCCAGAUUUCAAGUCAUCGCCCCCGGCCCGUUGGGUUUGGUGUAUCUACGAGUAGCGUGGCAUCUGUUUCCACUGUGGGAAGCGAGUACAUCGCGAGCCGCGCGGAGCUCUUCAGUCAACUUCAAGUCUUGAGGUCCCAGCUAGGCCAACUGCAGGGUCUCUCAUCAUUUCCAUCCCACGCGCGACCGUGGGAAGUCGAAGUUGUUUUCCUGCCCUUUCCACUUAAGAGUGUAUGGAUGGAGACUCACGACUUUGCGAGUCAACAUCCUUCAAACGGAGGCAGUGUCGAGCCUGAUCACUGGACACAACUCCCUAAUAGUGCUUCUUUCGAUUUCGAGUCGCCCGAUAUAAGCGAUUGGGCAGGGCCUGAGCUCGAGUCAGAUUGGCUGCUCCCUCGAGCUUGUGCACCUGGCCGUACCAUCGAACAGAGGCUUAAGAGUCGGGGUCUCGUCAAGAACGUGACUAUCCGCGGCUCAGAUGCUAGAAGCGUCCAGCAAGCCAUGUCGGAGGCAUUCGGGACUUUGUUUCGUACAUUUUCUCGAAUGCAAGCGAACGUGUAUCAUGGCUCCACUGAACAUCAUCGCGUUUCUAAGUUCCUCGGUCUCCAGUCACCAUGGAUACCGCUGCGUAAGAUCCAUAAGGAUUCGAGACUACGUUUUCUAUCGCCGCCCGAGAUGGUCACACCAGCAACUUGGGACGUUGCUUUCCUACGCUCCAGUGUGGUUAUGAAAGCAACCGGCAUCCAGCGCCUGUUCAUCACCCAUCCUGAAGCAUACCUUCAAGACCAAGAUGCGUAUGAUAAUGGCUGGAACUGGCAGCGCCUCCGCGAACUCAGUCGAGUCUACGCCGACUCUCAAAGCAGCCAAGAAGUCCCCGAAGCAGAUGCAAUGGAAGAUUGCUGGGCAUGGAACGACACUCUCGAUGAACAUGCCACAAGUACCCGCACCUCUCAGUCGCUUAGCCUCCGACAUGCGGCGCAACGCAAUUGGCGGGCGUCCGUAUGUUCUCAAGGUCUUCGCGCAGGCACUAUAGGUCUCUCACCCUCCCUUGGCACUCGCCGUUCCGUUUCGCGCACUAAAUCCCCAGCUUUGCUUAAAGAACGGCAUACCUCUAAGCCACCCUAUAUCCGCACGACAUCUAUGCCUCCAGCUGCCGUGCCACUCGUGUCGCCAGCGCAAACGAAGCGUAAGGUUCCAUCUUACGUGUAUCCCUUUGACCGUCGCCCUUCGCCGCAAAUCAUUCGAGUAGCCCCAACAACUGCAUAUGCUGCAACCCAUGCGAAACGUCGAAACACGCGAUCCCCAUCUGCUCGACCGCGAAAUACACCACGCUGGAGCACAGCAUCGCCUAGUCCAAUGGGCGAGGCAUUUGUCGCUCGUGGCACCACGCCUUUCUAUGCUACGCCUUAUAGCAAUGCCCCGGUUUAUGAAACGCGGCCUGGCCGUAGCGUAGUUAUUAUUGACGACGUUGACGACGACAUGGGCGAAAGUGGCAGCGGCACUGAUCACGAAGAUGGAGGCGAUGGAUAUAUGGAUGAAGAUGAAGAUGAAGAUGCAGAUGAUACCUCGGAGAACAAUGACAGCCCUAUGAUUGACAUGACUCAUCCAGGGAACUCUCAGGAAUCAUGGCAAGAUGGCCAAUUGCCUGGUCCGGAAGACGAGCCAUGGCCGGGCAUAGAAGACGCAGAGAACCGAGACCCUGACCUCGGCAUCUCAAUCCACAUUGAUGAUGACGCCAUGACGGACGCAGACGACUUCGAAAACGAUAGCCAGAAGUCAAGCGUUCCCAGCGAGUAUCCAAGUACUCAGCGGGCGUGGACAGGUGCUGAGGAAGGAGGCUUCCAGGUAUACGAAGAUGGUGUUCCAAUAAUUGGUACCGUGGGCGUGGGGAAAUGA